CUAAAAUUUCCUUUCUUUUUGCCUGUAUUCUCUUUGGAAACCCAAACAGAAAACCCUUUACUUCUCUCGGAUUCUCUGAAGUCUGAUCCUCAGUCUCCAUCUAACUUGUCAAAAGAUCACAUUUGAAAAACCCCCAAUAUGGGGAAUGCCCUCAGAUUCCUCUAUGGUCAUUGUUGUAAGCCCACUACUCCAGGGGACUCUGAAUCAUUGGGACCCCACGGCGUGUCUGCGGCCACCGUCGGCGUUUCAGCUCUUGCCCAGGAUUUGUUUAACUUUGAUAUCACCUCCCAGGUCCCCGAAGGGCUCAGUAAGCAUGUGGUCUCUUCCAAGAAGGCUCAAGCUAACUGGUAUAGAAAGCUAUUAGAGGCAUGGAGAGAAGCAAAACCUCCACCAAAGACAACAGAAGAAGCUGCUAGGCUUGUUAUUCAGACCUUGAAAAGACAUCAAAAGGCAGAUGUUGAGGGAUUACUGGCUUUUUACGGUCUCCCACUUCCUCAUACUCUUAUUCCACUUUCUGCUGGAUUGCCAACAUCAUUGCCUGAGGGGGUCAAGUUUGAGUUGCAGACUCUACCUGUGGAUGCAAAAGCUGUGCCUGAUGGAGACACAAUAUCCGUCUAUGUUAGCACUGCUGAUCCUAGGGAAUCAUCCUCUGUUCCGAGGGAUGUUCAAAUGGCAGCUGUUCAAAGAUCAAAGGCACGUGCAGAUAGGAACUAUGAGAGAGCAGAUGCACUCCACAAGAAAAUUAUUGAUUCUGGAUAUCGGGUAAUCAAUGUUCAAAAUGAGGAGAUUCUUGCUCGAAAAUAUCGCAUUCGCCUAAGGGGAAUAGAUGCACCGGAGAGUUCAAUGCCGUAUGGAAAAGAGGCACAGGAGGAGCUAGUUAAGCUUAUUCAGGGCAAGUGUCUAAGAAUCUUUGUUUAUGGCGAAGAUCGGUAUGGCCGCUGCGUUGGUGAUGUAUAUUGCAAUGGCAUAUUUGCACAGGAAGUGAUGCUAAAGAAAGGGCUUGCAUGGCAUUAUACUGCUUAUGACCAACGGUUUGAACUGGCAUCGUGGGAGAAAGAGGCUAGAGCAAAACGUGUAGGCUUAUGGGCUUCAUCAAAUCCUGAGAAGCCAUGGGAAUGGAGGAAGGACAGAAGAGAAGGCAGAUGAAAAUAUCUGAAUGUAAUCACACUUAGCAUGCAUGACUUAAACAAAGGCUACAAUAAUCAGCAAGUUCUUUGCAAGAAUCCAAGGCUGGUAGAACAGAGAAAAGAAGACAAACCAUCUUUACAAGUUUUCUACCUGUUAAUGGCUAGCCAUUUAUUAUUUUUGUGGAUGUAAUUAAUAAUAGUGUAUUGAAAAUCUAACUCGUAUGUGUCAAAUCUAACUCGCACCUGCUUAUGUAAUAUUUUUGCUAGAAUGGAAAUUGUCAAUAUAAUUAUACACUUUCAUAUGCA